AUGAGUGCGCAGUCACAAGUGCUCCAGAACUACCACUCUGAUUGCGAGGCCACCAUCAACUUCCAGAUAAACCUGGAGCUCUACGCCGCCUACAUUUACUUUUCCAUGGCUUCCUUCUUCAAUCAAGAUGAUGUGGGCUUGAAGCACUUCGCUGAAUACUUUCAGCAGCAGUUCCUGAAGGAAAAGCAACACGCUGAGAAGCUGAUGGAGUACCAAAACAUGAGAGGCGGCCGCAUCCGUCUCCAAGAUGUCCAGAAGCCAGAGCGUGAGACCUGGAAUAGCGGCUUGAAGGCCAUGGAGUGCACCCUGCACCUGAAGAAGAGCGUGAACCAGAACCUGCUGAAUCUGCACCAGCUGGCCACUGAGAUGCAAGACCCCCAACUGUGUGAUUUCCUGGAUCGCAGCUACCUGCAUGAGCAAGUCGUAGCCAUCAAAGAGGUCGGUGACCACCUGACCAACCUGCGCAAGAUGGGGGCUUCGGAAUCCUGCAUGGCAGAGUACCUCUUUGACAAGUUCACCCUGGGGGACCCCAAGAACUGA